ACCCACCAGACCAUUCUCAUGAUGCAUUUGAUUUUACAGUUUAUUCUUUCUCCUAGGUUGGCUCACAUUGGUCUUAAUGAUUGCAAGGUAAAUACUGUCAAAGCCAAAAUGUCUUGUCUUGUCAACUAUGGCAGUAGUGAUGAAAGUGAUGGCAGCGAUGGCGAAGACUUCUCGUCGCUUCCAGCAAAGUCAAAGGACAUGGAUUUGAAGGCUAAACAUGCAGAUGUUACACCUGCUAUUCCCAAGUCAUCAUUAUUUGCUUCUCUACCAAAGCCAAAGGGCGCCAGCACUCCUUCUAUGGAGGAUGUUGGAUCAGAGUCAGGGAGUUCCAAUAAGAAAUCACUCUUCUCUAGUCUGCCACCACCAAAGAAGACUGGAAGUGCAAAUCCAAAUUCUGCAGCAAAAAUGUCUGCCGCUAAACCAAACCUGGCCCAAGAGUCCACAGGUUUACUCACUGAUAAUAAAACAGGCUCUAAGGGUUUGUUGAAUUUGCCACCUCCAAAAAAGAAGCAGCCAGUGAAAAUAAGCCUGCCAGCUCUGCCUGAUCCUGAUUCUGAUGAUGAUGAACCAGAGGCAAAAAGACCAAAGAGCACCAAGGGAACUGGACUCUUUGCAAUGCUGCCUAAGCCCAAAAUAGCAAGUCGUAGGGAGGCGCAACGUCCUCUCAUCCCCUACACUCUCACCAAGAAGCCUGCUGCAGCUCCUACCAAGCCUCCAGGAAAGCCCUCAACCACUCCUAAGGCUCCAGUGCCAUCUGCAAAGCCAUCUCAUCCUGUUACAAGUACUGCUGUACAGAGUAAACCAUCUGGGAGCAAUCCAUUAGUGAUGGGUUACAAUAGCGAUGAUGAUGAAGAAGAUGAUGGUGAUGGUGUUAAUUUCUUUUCAAUGGGAGGAAGUGAUGAUUUAAAGCAAAGAACUAUGGAAGAAUCCACAAAAGGUGCGCAACGUAAACCUGUUGCUUCCAAUCCUUUGAACUUGAGUAGUCAAGGUAGCAAAGCGAGUGUUGAACCAUCAGUGACUGAAUCUGCUACUGGAACGAGUCGGACUACAAUGAGUGGGGCUGAUCCGGGGGUGGAAGCUGCUCCCGGUAUCACAGAACCAAUGGUACCCCCCACAAAUGAUGAACCCCUUGUAUUUAACUCGUCAAAAACAAACAAUGCUGGGUACUCCUUAUCAAACUACAGUCAUCAAGCGAUGUACAAUCCUCAAUACAACGCACAAUCUUUACAAGGAUCAAACUAUGCACAAGCCAGUGAGGGAAGCCAGCCGCAUGGAUUGUACAAUCAAACUGGAUUGGAUAGUCAGGGAGCUAUGCAGUACUACAAUCAGCCAUAUCAAGAGGGUGCUGAUACUGGGUAUAAGGAGAGUGCUACCAGCUCAGAGACUUCAAGUCAAUCAUUCCUUCAAGAUGAAAGGUUUGCCAAAAUGGUUGGUAAGAAUAAACGAGGAAAGGAAGAAAUACAGUUCAUUGACAUCAAAGCGGAUGAUCAGAUAGGACCUACUGCUGGCUUGCAGGAUAUGGUCAAAUCCAUGACAGAAGAAAAAGAGUACAGAGGAAAAUUGAAAAAAGAGCAGCUUCCUACAUCCCAACAGAAGAAAAAACAUCAGAUCACCUAUUUAGCUCGCCAGGCCAAGGAAAGGGAGCUGGAACUUAAAAAUCAAUGGGCUGAAAAUCGACAGAACCGAAAGAGUACCAACGCCAAGUAUGGAUUCUUCUAAAUGUCUGUGGAUCCAUUGACAAGAGAUCGUGGUGGAGAAUGUGUUCGCUAAAUCGUUUACCCCAAUGCUGUUUUCAUAGGACCUAUAUUUUCCAGAAACUGUGUGACUUUAAAUGUUUUUCAGAGAAAACUGGCACUAUACAAAUGCUUUUCAAUGUCAUCAUCAUCAUGAACAAAGGGUUCAAUUAUUUUGAUUUAAGGCGAUGCAGUCAGUAGAUCAUGAUAACCCUUCGAGCGUUUCAGUUGGUUUAUCAGCAUUCAAUUGGCCUGGAUAGAUAAGGCUAAGAGAUGAUAGUCUGAAAUUUUUUUGUGAAUAAGAGGCUCAUUUGAAUUCACUAAUCGAUUGGACAUUGGAUGUGUCUUUAUGUGCCAAGGUAAUGCUGAAGGAAGGUUGAUAUUAUAUUCUACUGAAAUAUAAUUGGGUGCACUGAGAGUCUUUCAAUCAUCAGUGUAGUAAUAUCCAUGUAAUAAAUGGGUACCCAGUAGGAAGAAUUUCCUUGAAUGCUCGAGCGUCUGAUCAGGGUAGCCAUGUUAAAGCCGGGCUAAUAGUAUUCAGCACGUAGAAACAUUGUAUCAAGUGCUAUAUAAAUGUUGCAUAUUAUUUUUUUUAUUAUUAUAGUGUUGGAGACCACUGCAGGACAUUGGUGAAAGGGCAGUGGAAUCUGGUUAUGACCAAAUGUCCAACAUCGGUCUUAGUAUCAAAGAUGUGGUUAUCUAAAAAGUUAUUCUUGGGGAUUGAAAUUAUCAUCAAUUUGAUUAGAUUAAAGUGAUCUAUUUAAAAAACAUGAAACAUUACUUGAUAAGUUAUUUGAUAUUUAUAGUUGCAAUACUGGAACUGUACUUAAAUACAGAAUGUUAUAUUAAUUACUUUUUUAUGUGGCACCUUGAUAGAUCCUUGUCAUUUAAUUGGGUGUUGAUAUCUGUCUUUCACCCCAUUGUACAAUGACAUCAUUAUUCAUGCAAUUUUGGAUCCAUACAAUUUUAUCCAUUGCAUGCUCAUCGAGACAACCUGCACUACAUGUAAAAACAUGCGUAUUUGCAGCACAUGUGUUUUACUGUUACAUGUAUGUAUGUGACAAUCAACAAGACUGCGCUUCCUCGCACAGGUGCAUGCAUGGCAUGCAUUUUCUUUGAAAAUAAAUUCAUAAAUGUCAAAUGAGAAGGAUCUACUGUUAGGCGUCAUAAAGCAAAUAAUGACUGUCUUUCAUUCAUGCAAUGGACAGAAUGAUUCAUUCGGUGAAAGAUGGAAUGAUCCAUUGCACUCGUAAACAUUCAUUCAUCAAAGUUUGAUGACAUUCAUCAAAUUGGUAUUUCAAAUUGACCUGAAUGUGACGGUGAAAAUAAUCAGUUUUUAAUCUAUUCCUUAAUUUUACCACUGACGUUAUGUGUGAUUGAAUAGAUUAAUCUAAAAGAUAACAGCUAUUGAAUUCAUUAUUUACAGGUUUUGUAAAAUGAAUGAAGUUAAUAAAUAGUAACUAAUGUUUCACUUUCAAUCAGUAUGUUUUAGCCUUGUAUAGAAAAUAUAUUUAGUGACAAAGUAACCUCUAAGUUGAAUCUUCAGUGGAAGUUUCUUCUCACCCUUAUAUACCCAUAUUCACAAAAUGUGCAAUUCAUACUUAUAGUUUUUCCUCAGUCCUGUUUGGCAAAUAUAGGUAAAGUGAAGUAUAGAUGAAAAGCUGAUGAGUCCCAUGCAGGCUAAUUAGAAUAGUUUUAUUUCAUAAUCUGAUCAUGAAAACUCACAAUUUUGGAUAUCAUUUUUUUUUAAUACACUGUAUGAUGGGUCUUUAAGGUAAUGAAUUAUGAUAAGUGAUUUAUUUGCCUUAAUGUGUCUAUGAUGGUUUUGUAUUUGGACAGAUUUGAUGAAAUAUUUGAUAUGGCUGUACACUGGAAGAAGAAAUGUUAAAUUCUGCACCUUGGACAGGUUUCUAGUCUUGGUGCACCUUUAACAGUACACAAAGAUGCACAGCCACAUUUUAGACCAGAAAUGUGCAAAUCAUUCCUGUUGUAGGUGCUCCCACUGUGGGGUGGUACAGUUGCUUAGUUUAGCCCUUUUUCUGAAAGUGUACCUGUAAACCUAAAUAAAUAUUGAUUUUUGACAGGUUUUGCAAUCUUCAAUAUUCUAUACUUGCAUCUUCUGAUAUGCAUUUUAAUUUUUCUUUAUAUAGGAAUCCAGGUACAUAGACAUGUAUGUUCAGUAAAUUUUAAAUUUUUGAAGUAAAAUAUACAUUGGAGAGAAAAUAGUGAUGUCAUUGUGAUAACUGACCCAUACACGUCUAUAUUUAAAUAAAGUACAUUUACUGUGUACUAGUAUGAAAAAGGGA